AUGGAACAUAUAGUAUUUAGUUCAAUACAUAAAAAUAAUUUAAAUCCAGAUAAUACUUCAGCAGAGAAUUCAAAUGAUUUUUCAUCCUUCGCUAAGAUUCCAAUAAAUCAUGACCAUGACCCUUUAUCAUCUUCGAAUUUAGUGUCACAAUUCAAUACAUCAUUGGAUCAUGAAUCAGCUGAUAAUACAUGUCCAGGUUUAUUAACUAAUUUAGAUAAAAUUGAUUAUCCAAAUGACCAUUUAUCUCAUUUGAGUCAAUCCAAUUUUGAUACGAACGGUAGUUCAAAUAAUUAUAACAACAGCAGUAUCAAUAAUAUGGAUUAUAUAUCUAUCGAUCCAAAUACAAAUGUUAAUAUUAAUUUAAAUAUAGAUGAAUCACAACUAACGGAAGAUGAACGAAGAAUGAGGAAGAGAGCUCAAAAUCGAGCAGCUCAGAAGGCAUUCAGAGAAAGAAAGGCAAAUAGAAUGAAAGAAUUGGAAGAAAAAUUGAUGGAAAGUGAAAGAAGUAGGCAAAUGUUAUUGAAAGAAAUUGAUGAUUUGAAAAAAUUAAAUAUGGAAAUUAAUGUAGAGAAUAGAAUAUUAUUACAGAAUACAAAAAAAUUUAAAAAUCCAUUAAAUUCACCAGACGAAUUAUCUUUAGAUGAUAGUAAUAUGAAUAGUAAUUCUAAUUUUACUUUCCCAACAAAGGAAGAAUUUUAUGAAACAAUGGUUAUUGAUACAAUUAAAAAUAAUAAAGUCAAUAAAACUUUUAAGCAUAUAGAUGGUACCUUUAAUGAGCAAUCUUUGAUUAAACAAAAUACACAAUUUACAAACGAAAUAGGUCAACAAUUCUUAACAGUGCCGGCAACGUGGAAUUAUUUAUCUAAAGUAUCUAAAACAGAAGAUUUCGACAUGUAUUUUGUAAUGCAAAGUUUGAGAGGUAAUGAGGUUUGUGAUGAACAUGGUCCAUCUUAUCCAAAGGUACUAAUAGAUGAGCUUGUUGCAAAAGCGUCAGAAAAGUAG